UUGCAGUUCUGCGUGUUGUGACUUGUUGUCUUCCAGAAACUUCUGUUGUAUAUGUUGUGUCUAUCUUUAUCUAACACGCUGUUGUGAAUAGUUAGAUUAAUUCUUGAGCAGUCGCCAUGUCGCUUGUGCAGAGACCCAGUCAGGAGUUGAGCGAGAAACAGUUGGGGAAACUGUCGUUAUCUGACACGAAGCUGCCCUCUAUUCGCCAGGAUGAUGGCCGUGCUUCUCUGGGCAACGUGUCGUCGGGGGAACGGGAGGAGAACGCGGUGGCGCGACGGUUCUCGGGUAGAUUCGCGGUUCUGCAGGCUGGGAGUGCGGCUGAGGAUCUCGUGACGGCCUUCCUGAGUGCCAACCAGCGCAUACUCCAGAAGGGGCAGAGUCUGCCGAAUGGGCAGCAGCUGGGGAAUAUCUGUGAAAUUUCCCGAGCCGACGUCUUCGCCGUGCUGGCUAUCAAAUUUCUGCCCGGUAUGGCGGCGCUGUGGACAACGACUGCGAUGCGCGACGCCGGAACGCUGUUCGCUCCGGCAUUCCGCGGUCUGGAUUUUUCCCUGGUUAACACGCACCGAAUGCUGGGAGGCAUUAACAGCAUGACGAUUCACGAAAAACACCGGGAGUACUUGGAGACCAUAGACGUGGCGUCACUGCUGAAAAAGGCGCGGGCGCGCGCCAUCAUGGACCAUUACGCUGUGGAUCCUCCGUUUUUCCACUACGACUGGUUGGUGGAAUACAUGAAGGUGUUGCGUGUUCUGUUCCCGGAAUGGGCCGGCUACGACGUGUUGGAAGGACUGGGGGAGUUCUUCGGAGUAGCGCUGGAUUACGGAGCCGUCGUGACGACGGGUUGCAAUCCCAAAGUGGUGCUGAUCGUCAAAGGAAUUCUGGGCCGUUGGCCGGGAAUGGAGAGGAUUGGCGAGCACCACCAGGAGUUGAACGUGUGGGAUAUGUCCAAGCGCAUGCGCAAAGAAGGAGUCGCUUGUUUUCCCGAGUGCAUGUUCUGGCUGUGUUUCCGGGGGGUGCACUGUGGCGUGGGAUGGCAGGAGGGAGAGGCGCUUCCCCAGCGCGUUUGGCCCCAGCACGCUGACCUUUACCACGACGUGCGCAGCGAGGAUUCAGUUAGUGUGCUGUGCAGUUUUGCGCAGAUGGUUCCGAAUAGAAUGAUGCAGUGUGACCGGUACGUCCCCACUCGCGCACUGCUGCCUUCUGCCGGGCGGCGCGAUCAGUGAUGGGAAAAAUGUUUCGAUGUGUUGUUUGUUUCUCAAUUUUUAUUAGCGCUUCGU